AUGUCAGAAUCUCAACAAAAUAAUCAACUACCAAAAAAUUGGAAACAUUAUCUCAAGAAUUGGGAAUUCAAGAUAGCAAUCUUUGUUUUCCUUUAUUUCUUAUUUUCACAUGUAGUCCUAGAGAAUACAAAUAAAGUUAAAGAAAAAGGUUUAAAAAAUCAUUUAAAAGUAAUACCUGAAGAGAUAAUAUCUUAUUAUGACAAAACAAUUGAAUUACAAAAUAUAGAUAAACUAGCUUAUAUGCAAUAUGCAACAAAUUAUGAUUAUUUAAAUCUUGCAAUUUUGAAUUUUAUUCAAUUACGAAAAUCAAAUACUAAAAUUCCAAACUUAGUAAUAUUAUAUGAUGAGAUUCUACUGUUUUAUGCUAGUGAUAGAUGGAAUAAUUUAUAUCAAGUUGCAAAUCAUUAUAAUAUUACUUUAAAAGCUACUUCAUUAAUAAAGGCAAAUUAUAUUGAUAAUACUCCAUGGAGUGCUUCAUUUACUAAAUUUCAUAUUUUCAAUCAAGAUGAAUUCGAUAGAAUAGUAUAUUUUGAUUCUGAUUCAAUGUUUAUCAACGCUAAUUGGAAUGAUAAGGGUGAAAUUGAAAAUGGAUUUGUAAAUAUUGAUGAAUUCUUCAAAAUACCUAGUGAAUUAGAAUUUGCUUUACCUCAAGCAUACUGGUUGAAUAACGUAGUUGAAGGUAAAUCACCAUUAAAAUAUAAAAAAAUAGAAAUUCCAAAUGAUAAACGACAAGCUUUGAGAAUUAAAAAGUUAGUAAACGAUAUCUCAAUUACAAAAGAUUGGAGAAAAUUACCACUGUUAAUUUAUGAAAAACACAAAUUUGAUAAUGUUGAUAAUUUUUUUGCAAAUCAUAUAAUGGUUAUAAAACCUUCGAAAGAGACUUUUAACAAAUUAAUGAAAUAUAUAAACAAUCCAUUUUAUUGGUCUUUCACAAAUAGAAAAAAUCUUAGAAAGUCUUCAGAUUAUGAUAUGGAAGUAUUGAAUAAAUAUUUGGAUAAUGAAUUGCAUAAGGGUAAAGUGAAUGUAGGAAUACUACCUCAUAGAGUCUAUGGAGUUUUAACAGGAGAAUUUGGAGAAGAAUGGCAUGAAAGAUUUGUAGUAGAACCACAAUAUUUACCAUUUAUUGUAAAAAAAUCAAAUAAUGGCUGGAAUCCUAAAAAGUUUCUUUCAAAGUUAAAAUUAAUUCAUUUUUCAGAUAAUCCCAUUCCUAAACCUUGGGAAGAUAAUAAUAACGAGUUACCUUAUAAUAACAAAAAGAUAUUUUGUAAGUUUGGUAAUAUGACGGAAUAUGAAGAAAAAUAUCCAUUUUUUAAACCAAGAUUAAUUGAUGAUUGUGAGAGUGUUAAAAUUUGGUAUUGGCUUCGAGAUCAAUUUGAAGAAAAUAGAAAAGGUUUAUGGUUUGCAGGUUGA